GGUGUUGCGAUACCACGAUCGUUGGUAAGCAGCACUUGCCCCCUAGCCUUCAUUGCCACCACGCUCACUUUUCAAUUUGCCAACUCCCGUUCAAUCCAAAGUCUCAAGGAACCCAGUGAUGAAGUUCUCGACUCCCGCCCUCACGCUCAUGGCCGCAGCUUUGGCGCUAGCAUCGUCCCUGGUUCCUGCUCAACAGGCUGGAACGAGCACCAAGGAAGUGCACCCUCCUUUGACGUCCCAGCAAUGCUCCAAGUCGGACGGCUGCGUGACCGAGUCCACGUCGAUCGUGCUGGAUGCCAACUGGCGCUGGCUACACCAAGUCGGCGACUACAAGAACUGCUACUCCGGCAAUCAGUGGGACGCCACGUUGUGCUCGACACCUGAAGCUUGUGCCAAGAACUGCGCUCUCGAAGGUGCCGACUACCAAGGCACGUACGGUAUCACCACGUCCGCCGACGAGCUGCAACUCAAGCUGGUGACGCAGACCCCGUACGGCGCAAACGUUGGCUCUCGCGUCUAUCUCCUCGAUACUGCGGGCUCCGAGUACAAGCAGUUCAAGCUGCUGAACCAAGAAUUUACUCUCGACGUGGACGUCUCCAAGCUCCCUUGUGGACUCAACGGUGCGCUCUACUUCGUGCAGAUGGACGCCGAUGGAGGCAGCGGACGCUUCCCGACCAACAAGGCUGGAGCAAGCUACGGUACGGGCUACUGCGAUGCCCAGUGCCCGCACGAUAUCAAGUUCAUCAAUGGCGAGGCCAACACGUUGGAAUGGGGUGCCACGAGCCAGAACUCCGGUGGUGGCAAGUACGGUGCCUGUUGUGCGGAGCUGGAUAUCUGGGAGGCCAACAGCAUGAGCAACGCCUUCACUUCGCACCCGUGCACUUCGGAGGGGCAGACGCGCUGCUCGAGUCCGGAGGAGUGUGGCAGUGGUGAUGGCAACCGCUACAAGGGCGUGUGUGACAAGGACGGCUGCGAUUUCAACCCGUUCCGCAUGGGCAACGAGACCUUCUACGGUCCUGGCUCGCAGUUCACCAUUGACACCACUCGCAAGUUCACGAUCGUCACGCAGUUUAUCACUAGUGACAACACUGCCACCGGUGACCUCGUGGAGAUCCGACGCUUGUUCAAACAGGAUGACCGUGUUGUGUCGAUGCCCAACAGCGCGUGGCCUGGCUUGAGUGACGUCAACUCCAUCACCGACUCCAUGUGCCAGGCGUCCAAGAAGCUCUUCGGUGACCGGGACGACCACGCCGCGAAGGGUGGACUUGUGCGCAUGGGCAAGCAAAUGGCGAACGGUAUGACGCUGGCCAUGAGUCUGUGGUCGGAUCACGCUGCUUACUGCCUCUGGCUCGACAGCAGCUACCCCGCUGACGCUGAUUCCUCCAAGCCUGGAGUGAUGCGCGGCUCGUGCCCGACGUCGGGCGGUCGACCUGCGGAAGUGGAGGCGCAGCAUCCGGAUGCCACCGUCAAGUUCAUGAACAUCCGCGUGGGUGACAUCGGAUCGACGUACUAAGGAGCAUCCUACAAAGAUCUAGUUGGAUUGAAGAGCUACUUGCUCGGAACUAGAGAUAUGAAUGCACGUAGCCUUUAAGUUGCCGU